GAAUUGUGUUGAAUUUCUAAGGAAGAUUUUAAUUGUUUGUACAUAAUUACUUCAUUUCACCCGGAAACAGAGUUAUAUGAGGAGAUGGCUCACUAAGACUGAGGAAUCAACAAGCGGAAAGACAGAAGAGAGUUUAUGAACGUGGUACAUUUAUUGAAGGUGCUACUUUUUACCAGAUUGUACAUGGCACAGAAAUCCAGAAGACAGCCAUCUUCGUACUCACCGCCUUGUAAACUUCAUAUCCCACCUGUCUAAUUUUCAGCCGCCAUCUCGCCACAUGUUACCACUAUCUGACGUGAUGGCGGUCCAAUACGUUCACUCCACGGACAAAUCACACUGUUGUCCUGGCUUGGAAGUACAAAAUGGAAGUAAUAUUGACGAUAAACCUUUCGGGGAACACACGUCUGUUACGGCACCAAGACACACAAGUUUCAUCCUCCAUUAUGCAGCUAAGGGAACCAAAAACACGUGGAGACAUGAUACGGUGACCUUGAACCAUACCGACCCUCGACAAGUUGCAUCCUGGGUAAAGACAAUCCGUAAUUACCUGAGUGGUUUCAAGAACAGACCUAAAAGGCUUUUAAUAUUCGUAAAUCCAUACGGAGGGAAAAAGAUAGGUCUGAAAAUCUACGAGAAACAAGUGAAGCCUUUGUUCCUCGUGGCAGGAAUCGAAGUGAACGCGAUAAUCACGCAACGUCAGUUUCACGCCCGAGACACGCUCCUCAACUGUUCUUUCGAUAAUAUAGAUGGCGUUGUGUGCGUAGGGGGUGAUGGAACUUUCUCUGAAGUAUUCAAUGGCUUGGUUUUAAGAACCGCCAGAGACAAUGGCGUAGAUCAUAACGACCCUGAUGUUCAACUUCCACCGCCUUUGUUACGAGUCGGGGUUAUUCCAGGUGGGAGUACAGAUACCAUGGCGUAUUGUUUCCACGGAACAACAGACAUUGAAACUGCUGUCCUCUACGUCAUACUCGGUGACAGCAUUGGUCUCGAUCUCUGUAGCAUCCACAGCAACGGAAAUUUGUUGCGGUAUUAUUCGAGUGUUAUAUCGUAUGGCUAUCUAGGUGAUGUUGUCAGGGACAGUGAGAAAUUUCGCUGGAUGGGACCAAAACGAUAUGAUUACUCUGGUUUCAAAAAAUUCAUUUCAAAUAACGGUUAUGAAGGGGAAAUAACUUUGCUUGCUGAUACUUGUAGUCCGUCGAGAGGACCAAAAUGUUUGGAAAAUUGCGUAAGAUGUCAAUCCCAAACAGAAAACAAACCAGACAAAACAGCUUUGAGUCAAGGAGAGUGGAAGACAUUUCGUGGGAAAUUCUUCAUGGUCAAUGGUGCUAAUGUAUCGUGUGCAUGUUCACGAAGUCCAAAUGGUAUAUCCCCUUACUGCCACUUGGGGGAUGGUUGUGUGGAUGUGGUAAUUAUCAAGCACACACACAUGUUGAACAAUCUAAAGUUACUUUUGCGACUGUCAAGCAAAGUAAAAAAUUUGUUUGACUUGCCUUUUGUGGAAGUGCAUCGAGCGAGAGAGUUCACGUUCCGAGCGCUUCCGGCUUCAGUGUCAGACACUGAGUUCGCUCUACCGAGACUCAUACCUGGAACCAGCGUCUGGAAUUGUGAUGGGGAGGUUCAGUGGGAAACAAAUAUAAGAAUAAGGGUUCAUUGCCAAUUGCUGAAAGUAUUCACACGAAGAAGCCAGGAGACAAAAGAAGAACCUUCAUGCAAGAUAUGUUCAUUUUGAUGUCACAAGAUGACAAACCUGCAAUCCAAAUGGCCUGUACGUGCGUGGGUUUUAAAUAGGAAGAAUCUGUCUUUUUAGUGUUAAUGGCACUGAAUUUCAUGUCGCUUGAAACGUGCCAAAUGUUACACCAGGAGAGUAAUACAAGACAUGUAACAGCUUUCGUCUUAGUUACAGAUAACUGUCUGUGAGGAAUUACUGCAGUAUUUGAAAAGAAAUAACUCUGUUGUUAACGAGGAGAUAAUUGGUUUUACCAGAUGAUCCUGAACUCAUGUUUAUUUAUUAGAAUUAUUACAUUUUUUUCCUAGAAUGAGGAAGAUGCUCAUCUUCUUAAUUUUAUUUUGCUGCGUGACUGUAUUUAAAUUUACAUUUUUAAUUACAUUGACGAGCAAUAAUUAUACACAGACAGUAUAAUUCCACAAGUAUGAUAUUUAGGUUAAUUUUUUAAUAUAUAUAAUUAUUAUUUUUGUAAUUAAAUAUCAAAUUUAAGUAUAAUCUAUAUAUUCCCCAUUGUUUACUGUGAGUUCUGUGAUUUAUUUCUUAAUAUUCUUGAAUAUUUUGCCUUCGUGUUCAGGUAGAAGAGACCUUUGGUUUUCACAUUCUAUGAAAUCUUUUUUUAACAAAUAUCUCGCAAAAUGGCUUUUCUGACACUAAAUUGAGAUUCUUACUAAAUGAGGGUUAUGCGAAAUAACUUCGAGAAACUGUCGGUAUUUCUGUAAUACUCGCAGUAUAUAGUUUUGAUAAAAUAAUUUCUUUACAUCAGUAAUUAAAGGAACUUUUUAUACAAUUAAAUAUAAUUGCAUGACGAAUAAUACUGAAUCGAUUUAAUAUGCCCAAAUCAAGGGGCUGAUAGUGGCUAGUACAAUUAAUAUUAAUAUUACAAACGAAUAAUGAGCUAGACGAAAUAAUGUUCCUUUUAUGCUGUGGCCUAUUACACCACUGGUAUUAAUUGUUAUACAUUUGGGGGGGGGGGGGCCUUGGUAACCCAAACGCUACAGUCAGAUUACUGUGGAUGCAAGUAGUAGGAAGGGAUUUGGUUCCACGCCACGACUACCCAUUAUGGACAUACGUUCCAUCCCGUCUUUGCUCUACAUUUUACUAAAUUACUCUUUCAAUUUUACUUAUUUAACUGUUUAUACACUUCGGCUUCCAGCAGAGACCCUGAGGCCAUCUUAAGUACUAAUUGGCAUAUGGUAAUGUUUUUCAAGGCCGUGGAUCGAGGAAUAAGGCUUUGGUGUACGUGCAGUACAUUCAAGGAUACAAUAGUGACCUCACAACCAACUUGAUAGCCCUACAGUUUAUACAGAACUAUACUACAUAAUUUAUAAUAAAAUAUAAUCACUGUCCCUAACUAGGGAGUCCUGUCUGCCAUAGUUGUACUUUGAAACAAUAGUCAAACCCCGUGCCGAUCAAUUACCUUCUGCUGUGGUCCAAAUGCUUGAGAGAAAAGGGCAGAAACCUAUCUGUUAGGCCCUCUGGACCAAGCCUGAGGCUGACUCAACCAGCAGUCAAACAGAUUGACUUUCUGCUCGUUUACCAUUUUUUAUUUUGCCUGAAAACAAAAGCAUAAACCGGCUAUCAAAAUGUUGCAGUUUUUAUAAUUUUAUAAUUUGUAUGAUGGACAAAGAACAAUUUUACUUGUUAAUUUUUGUACAUAAUUUUUAAUGGAUUUUUGACUUGCAAUAAUAAAAAAGUGUUAAAAAUGUAGUUAUGGUUAGAAAACGCUACAAGUAAUAUGAUUAAAAUUUUAAAGAAAAAUUGUUUCUUUGUGAUAUUUGUAGUAUAUUAUAUAUUUUUUGAAGAGUAUUAUGUUACUUUAUUAGGAUCAAACACUGUAUAUGUAAAUUAUUUAUAAAUAACAUUUUGUGAUAGAAUUGUUAGGUUUCAGUCGCUUAUAUAACUCUGUAUCAGUAAUACUAUUUUACAUUCCAAACAUGACAAUAAGCAGUAUAAAAUUUAUAUUUGUUUUAUGUUACUGGUGUGUUCAGGAUCAUACGAACUGAUAAAAUAUACAUCACACCAUCAGAGUUUGAAACAUUAAAUUAUAAUUAACUAGAUUUUUCUGUAAAACUCUUCGGACCUGUGCGAUGUUUGUAGCCUAUGAAAGUAUUAGAAAAUAAGAUUAAUUAGUAAUUUAUAUCCCAUUAUAUAAAAACUGUGUUGGUAUUAACGUUCACAUUUACAUUAAUAAUAACUUUCCAGGGGCAAAGCAUCUGGUGCAUGAAGCUUACUAUUCAUUUUUAUUUAGUGCUGAAAUCUAGACCACAGCUUUUAGUUCAGGUGCAGGGGGAAACUUUUAUUUUAACUUUGUUAUAACUAACCUGUCUGUCAUGUUCAUGGUCUGCCCUGAUGACGGAGGCAGUAUGACCUCUGAAACGUUGGUUAACAUCGACCAGACUACACAGCGCAACAACUCAGAAGACAGAAAUCUUCAACUUUGAGUAACAUUUGAAUCCAUGAUUGGAACCACAGUAAUAAUAAACUGUAAAAAAAACAGCGAACGUUAUCUGCGAUAAUUACAGUAUUUCAUGGUCCAGUAAUAUACUGUGUUUGGUUUUGACUAACAAUUUUAUAUGAAUAGAUUUUUUGUAAAAAUUGAGAUGUUCAACUGAUGUAUUAUAUUUUAUUUGAUAUUUAUUAAAUUUAACUUUAAAUCAUGUUUUCUGUAAUAAAAAGUAUUAUUGUGCUUUUCGCCUUCAGUUCCAAAGAUGGAACAUAUAUAUAUAUAAGAGGUAAUUAUAUACUUCUUAUUGAAUCACGAGAUUGGAUGACACAAUAUUCAUGACUGGCAAACUGGGAAGGUUUCUGUAAAACUAUCUUCAUAUUUGAAAGAGCAGAAAUUUGAUAAAAAUAACAACACGUCUUUAGCUAUUGCAAAAGAAGUCUUAUUCUGUCAAUUUUCAUUAUAAUUAAAAUGUGUAGCGUAAUAUGUAAUUUGUAUUGUAAAAUAUAAAAACUAUAUUUCCAUAAAUCUUAUGUGAACGUCUACACAUUUUUUCUAUAUAAAUAAAUCACCAUGAUUAAAAACUAUUUUUACCACGUGGUGAUGUCCAAGCAGUGGCACUUAAAAUGGUUAAUAGACUGACAGACCAUUAAAAUUGAUUAUCGUUAGAAGCGUAGAAGCAAUGAAGCAAUACACAGCACACUUGAUAAAGAAAAAUGUGAUAUCUUUGUUAACCCUUUUACUGUUUACCAAAACAAUUUUAAGUGCUUACUUCUUAAGUUCAUUUACAAAUAAAGUUACUGCGAGACAAAACAACAUCUUAAUACCUGAAUUUUUCGGUGGAAUGUCUCUCCAACAUUAUCAAUGAAAAACACAUGAAAGUUUUUUCUAUACACAGAUUUUUAUAUGCCAUAUUUUAGAGCUCUACAAAGUUGAACAUAAAUCCCAUAGACGUAUCACAUAAAAGUAACUUAUUUGAGCCACACGAACAAAAAUUGUAUGUGAGAUACUUUCUGAAACAACUAAAGGGUUCAGAAGGUAUUCUGCUCUUAGUAAAAUCAUUUCUAUUUUCAGUGGUGUAUGUAAGCAUGGAAAGCAUAAACAUGAUGUGUUCAUUUUUUAAAAUCUCCUUAUUUAUAUAGUUUUGAAAGAGUGACAGUUAACUUGUCUUGGUACCAACACAAAUAAUAUUCGGUGAAAAAUUAAAUAAUUAUUUUGGCAACAUUUCAUCACCAUUACAGUGGUGAUUAACUCUGCUAAUUUCUUGUGGUACAUUUCACAAAGACCUUAUGGGAAGUACGUUGUUGUACGAUACAUUUUUAUACUCGUAGCAUGAACAGGAAAUUUAAUUGCAAAACUAAUGUCAUACAACUAUCAAGUUAAUUUUUAGUACGUCACCGGAGAACAUGAUCAUACUUGCAACUGAGAGUUUCGCUGCAAAAAUUUAUGACAUACUUUUGAAAUACAGCCUGUAAAUUUCGAUUGAAAAUAAAUUUCAUAACAAAAUUAUUAUAUUUAUAUCAAAUACUGUUUUACUUUCCAUGUGGUUUUUUACAUACCGGAUGCACAUCGGUAUGUCAUAUAUAUUGUGAAAAUAGUUAUACUAGGUAUUACUGGAAGAGAAAUUAUUCUCCGUUAGUCAAGUCUCCUACCUUUAUUUAUAUCCUUUUUUUGAGGAUAUUGUUCAUGUAGUAUGAAAAUAUUGAUGUGCAAUUGAAAGACUGGUGUACACUUAAGGAAAAGAAGAAAGAGUUGGUCGUGUUAUAUAUGAGGAAAAUAAAAUUUUAUUUUGUUAAUGACUAUUA